AUGCCACCAAGUACAAGAGGUGAUGUUAUAUCUGAGUACGUCGAUGGCGGCUCAUUCAGUCGUAACAAGCUUAUUGCUUCUCGUGAAUCGUUGUUUGGUGGUGCAGAUGGAUCCCCUGGCAGCUUCCCAGAUAAAUUACCAAAGUCUGGUUUAACUGCUACCGAAUUGAAGCAAUUAUCGAAUGAUGACGUGAACAAGAUUGUUUCAGCUACAGGGUACAGUCAAUCUAAAGCGCAAUUAAAGUUGAAUCAGUUUAAAUGCGUCAAAGAUGUCAUAUUAGAUUAUGUAAAGGCUUAA